AUGGCGGAUAAGAAAUCUUCCGAAGAUGGUGAGGUACAAUUGCGUGGCAAUACUAAGGAACGUAGUUCAGAACGUUCAAACAGAAACUCUAAGGUUUCUGGCACCUCAAACAAGAACGUUUCGCCGGAAAUUGAUGAUAGACCGCUGUCGGAAACGUCCUCGUCGGUCGUGGAAACUAGUGUCAAAAUGUUCUCACUUUUGAAAGAAAUUCAAAAUUCUAUCAAAGAACAAGAUAAAACACUAGUGACAGUGAAUCGUUUAGAUAAUUUGGAACAGAAUAAUAAUUACGAGGGUGACGAAGACUAUUUUGACUACCCUUCUUUCUCAGGUGAUAUGUGUAGGGUCGAAACUGAAAAUCAGAAUGAAGAUUCUGUCAGUGGAUCAAAACUAAAACGUGAAAGUAUUGAUGAUACUUUGGCUGAAAAUGUGCACGACUUGUUUAGAAGUGGUAUAGAGGAGGAAAGGUACUCCGAGCUGGUAAAAGAUGAGAUAAACUGUAGACCCGAAGAUUGUGAGGCUUUGGUUGUCCUCAAAACAAACCCAUGCAUUUGGGAUGGAAUCUCCCAAAACGUUUGUACCAAUGAUAAAAAGUUACAGAACAUUGAAACUUCUGUGGUUAAAGCAGGCCGGAAAUCCAAAGACAGGCUGACAAUUGCUUUAGAACCGGAAGCAGCGAGCUUGUACUGUCACCUUCUACCGGUAGAGAAAUGCGGUAGUGAUACAACAUCACUGUCCACUCUUGGUCCUGGCAGAAGAUACAUGGUUUUGGAUGCUGGAGGAGGAACUGUUGAUAUUACUGUUCAUGAAGUUACAAAUGGUGGUUGUCUCAAAGAACUAACCAAGGCUAGCGGUGGGGCAUGGGGAGGAACAAAGGUAGAUGAGGCUUUCUUUGAAUUUAUGUCAAAACUCGCUGGAUCACAUGUGAUGUCAGUUUUCAAAGAUAAACACACGGAAGACUAUGUUGAACUGUUCCGUUGUUUCGAGGUAAAGAAAAGAGAAAUCAGCACUAAGACGGAUACACAGGUGACCACAUCAUUACCUUUAACACUGUUAGAACUGGUCGAAAAAUAUCAAGGAGAAGCAUUGCAGGAAAUAAUUAAACAUACACGACAUUCUCCGCAGGUAAAACGUGUUGACCCCGGCAUUGUAAAGGGAUUUUUUGAAAAGUCGAUCGGAAAUAUCGUAAAACACGUCAAAGGCUUAUUAAAGGAAUCCAUCAACAGUGAUGUAGAAGCUAUCGUUAUGGUGGGUGGAUUUUCGGAAUCGCCGCUGCUACAGGAAAAUUUCAGAGACAAUUUCCCAAAUUUAAAGAUAAUUGUUCCGGAAGAAAAUGGAUUAGCUGUUUUAAAAGGGGCUGUAGUCUUCGGUCAUAAUCCAGCUACAAUCUCUCAGAGGAGGUUGUCUAAAGGUUUUUAA